CACGUAUGCCAGAGCACGAGGAGACAUCCAUCAAGGUUGGACUCUUCUCCCAAGGCCUCACUGUGCGGAUGAUGCUUAUCGACGACGACCUGGAUGCUGCUCGUCACAUUGCCGAAGGCUUGGUCAGGUCAAGCCUGGUUGUGACAUGGGUCGAGCUGAUCUCGACUCAUGGCAACUUCCUUUACUUCCAAGACACCACAAGCGUGCACCUCGCGCGAUUGGUGGUGUUCCUUCACAAUGUUACUUCCGGCGCUUCACACCCACUCAGCAGUCGCAAGCUGUCAAUCUAAUGAAGCGCCUGAACACAGCCUGUCUCAUGGUACCGAACGUGGGCUCAGAUGGCGCUCCCGCCUUCGUGGCGCGCCUUAUUCAGCGGGUUUUGCGUUCACUUAGCACGCGAUCGACAGUGCCAUCCCGGGCAGUCAGUCCUGGACUACCGUCGCAUCCUGAGGUCUCAGAAGCUGUCAUGACGGAUCUAGAUGAGUUUCUCGCCACCAUCACGGCACCAGAUCUCACCACUGUUGACGACCAGGACUGGUCGACCCUCUUCGGCGACACACUUGACUACUUGCCUGCCAUCUCCGAGACCUAACUUCUACUCCAGGCUGGUCACUUGGUCCUGUGUCCA